CAAAUCAUCACCUUCUUUUCUCACACAACAUCUUCUUCUCAUUCUUCUUAUUCUUUAAAAUCCUUCACUUCAUCUGUUACAACCAAUCACACUCAUAAAACAUGGAACUAACCACAAUCUUAUGCUUCUCUUGUGUUACCUUUCUCUUCCUUCUUUUUCUCUUCAGGACACUCAUCAACCCCUUUGUCUCCAAACGCCAUGACUUACCACUCCCACCUGGGACCAUGGGCUGGCCUUAUAUAGGAGAAACCUUUCAAAUGUAUUCUCAAGACCCAAAUGUCUUCUUUGCCUCCAAAAUCAAAAGGUAUGGCUCUAUGUUCAAGUCCCACAUUCUCGGAUGUCCCUGUGUGAUGAUUUCCAGCUCCGAGGCUGCCAAGUUUGUGCUCAACAAAGCUCAGCUGUUCAAGCCAACAUUCCCAGCUAGCAAAGAGAGGAUGUUGGGAAAACAAGCUAUCUUCUUUCACCAAGGAGAGUACCAUGCUAACUUGAGAAGGCUUGUUCUUCGCACCUUCAUGCCAGAAGCUAUAAAAAACAUCGUUCCAGACAUUGAAUCCAUUGCCCAAGAUUGCUUAAAAUCCUGGGAAGGCCGCUUGAUCACUACUUUCCUUGAAAUGAAAACGUUCACCUUCAACGUUGCCCUGCUUUCAAUUUUCGGGAAAGAAGAGAUUCUGUACAGAGAUGCUCUGAAACGGUGCUACUACACUCUGGAACAAGGGUACAAUUCAAUGCCCAUUAACGUUCCGGGGACACUGUUCCACAAGGCGAUGAAAGCGAGAAAGGAGCUUGCACAGAUCUUGGCCCAAAUAAUCUCAAGCAGGAGGCAGAGGAAACAGGAUUACAAGGACUUGUUGGGUUCGUUCAUGGGAGAGAAAGCAGGGCUCACCGACGAGCAAAUAGCAGAUAAUGUAAUUGGCGUCAUUUUUGCAGCUCGUGAUACCACGGCCAGUGUGCUGACGUGGAUUGUCAAGUACCUUGGAGAAAACCCCAGUGUCCUAGAAGCUGUUACUGAGGAGCAAGAGUGCAUAUUGAAGAGCAAGGAAGAAAGUGGAGAGGAUAAGGGUCUGAAUUGGGAAGAUACCAAAAAGAUGCCAAUAACUUCAAGGGUUAUUCAGGAAACACUAAGAGUUGCUUCAAUUUUGUCUUUUACUUUCAGAGAGGCAGUAGAAGACGUUGAAUAUCAAGGGUAUCUCAUACCAAAAGGGUGGAAAGUGCUACCUCUAUUUAGGAACAUUCACCACAGUCCAGAAAACUUCAAGGAGCCAGAAAAAUUUGACCCCUCAAGAUUUGAGGCUGCACCAAAACCCAAUACUUUUAUGCCAUUUGGCAGUGGGAUCCACGCUUGUCCAGGGAAUGAACUGGCCAAGUUGGAGAUUUUGGUCCUCUUACAUCAUCUCACCACAAAGUUCAGGUGGUCUGUUGUGGAUGCAAUGAAUGGGAUUCAAUAUGGCCCUUUUGCUCUUCCCCAAAAUGGUUUACCCAUCACACUAUAUCCCAAGAAGAAGAAGUAGAAGUAAUAGUAGUAGUAGACUCAAACAAAUCACACAUAUCCAACAUCCUGGUUUCAUAGUACCUUUCUAAAUAUGGAAAGAAUCAAUGCCUUCUUCACAACUCUCAGAAUUGGUUUCCACAGUCUCCACAUAUAGUUUAAAGACACAGACCAUAUUGCAAUUGGAUAACCAAACAAGGGUCUUCCCUUCUUUUUGGCCAAGAGAAACCCAAAGUGGUAGUCUUGGCAAUAAUAACAUACAACACAGGGAUGUCAACUGUACAUAGGAGCUUUCACAGCCAGGUCCAGAUCAUACUAUUAUCUUCUUUUCUUUAUUAUUUUUUCUCCUUCAAAUAUCACCAUAUUAUUGUAUUCAUCCAUUCAACUAAUUAUUACUUCUGUAUCCAUAAGAAGGCCGCAAGGCCAAAUAAUAAAAAGUGAAACUUUUCUGCUCA